UACAAAUGCUUCAACGAUCAUAUAUAUUACCCGUUGCAGGCACUAUACCACAGUCUACCUUCAGAAACCUUUCAAGAAGGCUUUUUAAAACAAUAUUAUGGACACUUGUGUUAGGAUACUUUUCAUUUUCAGUAAUCUUAUCUUCUAUACAUCUAUUCGAGCAUCUUAGAGGAAAAUCUCGAAAAGCUUUACAACCUAUAAACCGAAUGUAUAAUGGUAUUUUUCCCUUUUAUUUCCGUGCAGAAUUGACACCAGAGGAAGAUGACAUAACAGUCACAACAUUGGUUACUAAAGAUA